AGCAGGCGCGGGGAGCGCCCGGAGCCGGGAGGAGCAGGAGCGGGCCCGAUUCUCAGGCAGGAUGACUGUGGGAAUCUUUGCAAAUUGUACCUUCUGUUUGAAAGUCAAGCGACUACCUCGUCGACAGAAGAAAAAGCUACAAACUGACAUUAAGGAAAAUGGUGGAAAAUUUUCCUUUCUGUUAAAUCCUCAGUGCACACAUAUAAUCUUAGACAGUGCUGAUGUUCUAAGCCAGUACCAACUGAACUCUGUCCAGAAGAACCAUAUCCAUAUUGCAAACCCAGAUUUUAUAUGGGAAUCUGUCAAAGAAAGGAGACUCUUGGAUGUAAAGAAUUAUGAUCCUAAUAAGUCUGUGGACAUCACACCACCUCCUUGUCAAAAGGCAAGCAGUCCCGAAGUGAAAACAGAUGAUCUAUCCCUGGACAAUUCCACAGAGAAGGAGAAUAUUGUGGAACUCACUAAGUUUUAUACAGAGAAUGUUAAAAUUCUUCAUUUUCCUCAAGAUUUUGAAGUUGCAAAAUAUAACACCUUGGAAAAAUUACAGCUAAUAAGAGACAUGGUUAAUGUCUGUGAAACGAAUCUGUCCAAACCUAAUCCACCAUCUCUUGCCAAAUACCGAGCUUUGAGGUGCAAAAUUGAGCAUGUUGACCAGAACACUGAAGAAUUUUUCAGGGUUAGAAAAGAGAUAUUAGAGAAUAAUUGCAGUAAAAGUCCAGUGAACAUCUUGCAGAUAUUUAGAGUUGGCAAAGUGAAUGAAACCGCAGAGUUUUUGAGUCGCCUCGGCCACGUGAAGCCCUUGUUGCAUGGAUCGCCUGCACGCAGCUUUGUAGGGAUCCUGUCCCGGGGGUUGCUUUUACCCAAAGUAGUUGAAGACCGUGGCAUGAAAAGAACAGACAUUGGAAAUCUUGGGAGUGGAAUAUAUUUCAGCGAUGCACUCAGUACAAGUAUUAAGUACUCACACCCGGGAGAGACAGAUGGCACUAGACUCUUGGUCAUCUGUGAUGUCGCCCUUGGGAAGUGUGUGGACUUACACAAGAAAGACUUCUCUUUAAUGGAAGCACCGCCAGGUUAUGACAGUGUCCAUGGGGUUCCAGGAACAGCCACUAUCCCCACGGACUUCGAGGAUGAUGAAUUUGUUGUGUAUAAAACCAAUCAGGUUAAAAUGAAGUAUAUUAUUAAAUUUUGCAUACCUGGAGAUGAAAUAAAGGACUUUCAUCCUUGUGACAGUACUGAAUUAGAGGAACACAGACCUGAGUUUUCAAAUUUCUCAAAGGUUGAAGAUUACCAGUUACCAGACACCAAACCUUUCAGCAACAUCAAGUCUGGCCUUCAGGAUACCUCUGGGAAUUCAGUUCCUCUUGAGGAUGUUCACAUCAAGGGGAAAAUUAUAGACUUUGUAGCCCAGGUCAUUGUUUUCCAGACAUACACAAAUCAAAAUCAUGUGCCCAUUGAGGCAAAAUAUAUUUUUCCUUUGGAUGAUAAGGCGGCCGUGUGUGGUUUUGAAGCGUUCAUCAAUGGGAAGCACAUAGUAGGAGAGAUUAAAGAGAAGGAAGCAGCCCACCGAGAAUACAGAAAAGCAGUCAGUCAAGGCCAUGGUGCUUACUUGAUGGAUCAGGAUUCACCUGAUAUUUUUACUGUAAGUGUUGGAAACUUACCCCCUAAGGCUAAGGUCCUUAUCAAAAUUACCUACAUCACAGAACUCAGCAUCCAAGGCACUGUUGCCGUCUUCUUCAUGCCCGCCACCGUAGCACCCUGGCAACAGGACAAAGCUUUGAAUGAAAACAUUCAGGACACAGUGCAGAAGAUUUGUGUAAAGGAAAUAGGAGCACAGCAAAGCUUCUCUUUGAGUAUGUCUAUUGAGAUGCCAUACGUGAUUGAAUUCAUUUCCAGUGAUACACAUGAACUGAGACAAAAGAGUACAGACUGCAAAGCUGUAAUUAGCAUUGUGGAAGGAAGCUCCUUAGACAGCAGUGGAUUUUCUCUCCACAUCGGUUUGUCUGAUGCAUAUCUCCCAAGAAUGUGGGUUGAAAAACAUCCAGAAAAAGAAAGCGAGGCCUGCAUGCUUGUUUUUCAACCAGAUCUUGAUAUUGCCCGCCCUGACCUAGCAGAGAAGAGUGAAGUGAUUAUUUGUCUUGAUUGCUCCAAUUCCAUGGAAAGUGUGACAUUUUUGCAAGCCAAGCAAAUUGCCUUAUAUGCACUGUCCUUGGUGGGUAAGAAGCAAAAGAUCAACAUUGUCAGGUUUGGCACAGGUUAUAUGGAGUUAUUUUCGUAUCCUAAGUACAUCACAAGCAAUAAUAUGCCAACAGAGUUCAUUAAGUCUGCUUCACCUACCAUGGGAAAUACAGACUUCUGGAAAACGCUCCGAUAUUUAAAUUUACUGUACCCUUCUCAAGGGUUACGGAACAUUCUCCUUAUAUCUGAUGGGCACCUCCAGAAUGAGAGCCUGACAUUGCAGCUUGUAAGGAGAAAUGUCCAGCACACCAGGCUAUUCUCCUGUGGUAUUGGUUCCACAGCAAAUCGUCACAUCUUAAGGACUUUGUCCCACUGUGGUGCUGGAGUAUUUGAAUAUUUUAACUCAAAAUCCAAACACAAUUGGAAAAAACAGAUAGAAGACCAAAUGACGAGGUUACGUUCUCCAAGUUGCCACUCUGUCUCCGUCAGAUGGCAGCAGCUACGUCCCGCCGCACCCGAGCCCCUGCAAGCCCCUGCGCAGGUGCAGUCCUUGUUCCCUGGUGACCCGCUCCUCAUCUACGGGCUGAUUCCUCAUUGCACACAGGCAACUCUAUGUGCAUUAAUUCAAGAGAAAGAAUUUUCUACAAUGGUAUCAACUACUGAACUUCAGAAGACAACUGGAACUAUGAUUCACAAGCUGACAGCACGAGCUCUGAUCAGAGAUUAUGAAGAUGGCAUUCUCCACGAAAAUGAAACGAAGCACGAGAUGAAGAAGCAAGUCUUAAAAUCUCUGAUUAUUAAACUCAGUAAAGAAAACGGUCUCAUAACCCAAUUUACAAGCUUUGUGGCAGUUGAGAAAAGGGAUGGUAAUGAAUCACCUUUUUCUAAUAUUCCAAAUAUCCUGGAAAUUAUUGCCAAAGAAGAUGUAGAUUUUCUGCCAUACAUGAGUUGGCAGGAGGAGCAACCAGACAGCAGCGUGACACAGCAGCCUCUUUCAGCAUCCUCUGAAUGGAACGAAGAAUUGAAACAUAAAUAUUUGACUAAAAAAAAAAAAAAAUUUAAAUCAUCUAAGCUGGAAGCUUUUGAAGAUUUUGAAGAGGUUAGCUUAGAUUCCCAACUACCAGAAAAACCUUUAACACUCUUUGGAUGUGGAGGUGUGGAAAAACCAUUGGAUUUAAGUCGGAUGGAUUUAUUUAAACCAACAGGAAUUAAAUCAGCGUUUCCAAAAGACGUUUCACAAAAAAUGUCUGUUUCUAGCAGUUUUGCUGCCUCUCCCCCAAUCUGUUUGCCAGCUGCCCGCCAUGUUAAUUUUACUGCCCUCUGUUCUUCCACCUUACCUCCUCAGCACCCUCUCUCUGGUUCUCUGGCUAGUCCCAAAGAGUUUGGUCCAUCUGCGAGUGACCAAGGCCUUGGGACUGCCAGUUGCACUGACAUUUCCUUUGAGUCAUGUUCUCUUCCUAGGCUGUCUUCCCAGAACCCACCUUUUGGAUCCCUUGCUGGUUCUGCUUUUUCAGGUGCCUUGUUUAGCUCCAAACAGUUUGAUCUACCUAAAACUGAUCCAAGCCUCCAGAUCCCCAGUCCUGCUAGCAUUUGCCUUAAGUUGGACCCUCCCCUGCAGCAGAAUCUUUUUCUCUCUCCUCCUAAAUUUAGCUUUCAAGGUCUUUCUGGUUCCUCUCCUCUUCCUUUUCAAAAUUCCCAUGCUCCUUUGAGCACCAGUUCCAAGCCGUCAAUAGAUCUCUUUGACCUUGCCCGCAAUGAAUUGGAGGCUUCUUAUCCAUCAAAUAUUUCUGCCAGAACUGCAUCAUCAGAUUCUCUCCAAGAUGAAUCUUGGCCUACUUCAAGUCAUGAAAGUUCUUUUGAAACAGAAAGUGAUGAAACAUCAGGACUUCUGGCAAGUAGGUUUUUAAAAAAGAUGGCAAAAUCUGAUAUAAUAAGAAGUGACUUUACUGCAAGCUUUAAGGCACAAAAAGACAAGGUUGACAUAGUCCACAUACAAAGCCAGAGGAAUUUUGUGCCUUGGAAUGAACUCUUCAGUCUGCAAACUGAGGAUGGCUUCUGGAAACUUACGCCAGAACUGGGAUUUAUAUUAAACCUUAAUACAAAUAUUUUAAACAGCUUUCUUGAACAAAAAGGCAUUCGAUCUCUAGGUAUAAAAGGAAGAGAACGUCUUCUGGACUUGACUGCCACAUUUCUGGUACUCCAGUUUCUUCGCAUCAAGUUGGAUCAACAGGGAAUAGUCUUCAAAUCACUGAUGAAAUUGGAUGACGCUUCCAUUUCCAGGACUAUUCCCUGGGCUUUUGAGAAAAUAAAGAAAGCAAGUGAAUGGGUAAGAAGAACUGAAGGACAAUAUCCAUCUAUCUGCCAACGGCUGGAAUUGGGUAAAGAUUGGGACUCUGCCACGAAACAGCUAUUGGGAAUCCAACCCAUAAAUACCACUUCUCCUCUUCACAGAGUUCUUAAUUACAGUCAAGCCUGAAUCAAAUGAAGUUGUAUUUUAUACUUUUUUCAUGCUUCUAUGUAUAAAAUAAUCAGAUAUUGAUAAGUAUAAUGAAAUUUAAUUAUCAUUUUAUUCAAUGUAGCAAUCAGUCACUUUAAAAUAAAUGGAAGCAGACUUGAUUAUUUUAAUGAACCAAGUAAUAAUAAAAUAAAAAUUACAAUAUUACAGA